UUUAGACUUUUAGAACUUUCACUGUAAAUUGACUAGACUCUUAAUUAACAUUAUCUAUAAGAGGCACCAAGCUUACAGGGUAAAGACAUAGAUAUCAGUUACGAGCCUCAGUCGAUCUGAUCAAGUGCAGAAACCACCAUGGUUGAGGAAGUGAAGCUGUUGGGCAUGUGGGCAAGCCCUUUUAGUCGCAGAAUUGAGCUAGCUUUGAAACUGAAAGGAAUACAAUAUGAAUACAUAGAAGAAGACUUGAAAAACAAGAGUCCUUUGCUUCUAAAGUACAACCCAGUUCAUAGAAAAGUCCCUGUUCUUGUACACAAUGGAAAACCAGUAGCAGAGUCGCUUGUCAUUCUUGAAUACAUCGAUGAGACCUGGAAAGACAAUCCUCUCUUGCCUCAAGAUCCUGGAGACAGAGCCUCAGCACGCUUUUGGGCGAGGUUCAUUGAUGAAAAGCUCUCCGCAGCAGUAAGGAAGGUUAUCAUGGGCGAAGAAAGGGAAAAGGCCCUAGAAGAAUAUUUUCAGCUGCUGAAAAUGCUGGAGAAUGAGCUCAAGGACUUCUUUGGAGGUGAAAGUCUGGGAUACCUAGACAUCGCAGCAAUGACAGUAGCCUUUUGGUUUGUAAAUGUGCAAGAAGUGGUGGGAGUAGAGCCGCUUACUGAAGAGAAAUUUCCCAUCUUAGACAAAUGGAUUUGUAAGCUCCAAGAUAUGGAUGUUGUCAACGAAUGCCGCCCUCCAAAAGAGAAACUUCUUCCCCAUAUGAGAGCUCAUGUGGAAGCCUCACAAAGUGCUCCCAAGUAGAGAGUUUGUGGUUCACUCGAUUGGAUUAUCGGCCUUUUAUGUUUUGUGGAUAUGUAUUUUCUAUGAUUGCAUUUUGUGUGUGAAUCCUUGUCCGUCUUCGUAUUUGAUCAUGGUACAUUGAUAGCAGAAGUUAAUAGAAUAAUAGGCAUUUGAAUGCAGCUGCCAAGAACAUUUUCGUUAUUAAAUAAUUCUCUAUGAUCUCCACAAAAUUGGCAGAACCUUAGAGAAGACUCUAGUACAGUUUAAUCUUAAGAGUAACCAUGGAUGCUUGGACACUUAAUGAUGAUCACAGACUCACAGGCUAGUUCUAUGAAUGAAUCAACCACCAAGGUUUUGCUUGAUAAUUAACUACUGAUUAUUGAUUAAUCUCCGAGCUUAACUUCUUAAUCAAUCACACAUAUCACUGAUUAAUCAUCAACUUCCUGUAUCUUGAUUGAAGAGAGAGUGAGGUGAUCUAAUAGAGAAGAGAAGUUGGGGGAGAAAAGGAAAGUGUGUUUCUCAUUCUCUGGUAUGUGUUAGCUGCACAGUGAAAGUUUCUGGCCUUCUGUUCUUACAGAAGCACAUGUCCUGUAGUAUACAACAACUACAAACAAGCAACUCCUGUAUACUCUACUUUUAUCUACACAUUAAUGUUUAAUUUACUUAAUUUCUGAAAGAUCUAUCAUCAUGUAUACAAAGCUUAAUUAAUCCUUUCUUCACUUGCUGAAUAUACGAGCGAAAAAGAAAAAUCUAUCAAGCCUUGAAUGCAUAUGGAGAUUUAUUUUUUUGGGUAAGUGCAUAUGAGGAGAUGUCAUUAAGCACAUUGUUGUUAGUUAUGCAGCAUCUGAUCCUGCCUCAAAAUCCCUAUAACAGAGACAUGGCACACUUUUAGGUAAGUUCAUAGAUGAAAAGGUAAAAUGACAAACAUAAAAGAUCUUCAUCAUGUUACAUUUAGUUGGCUAACAGUGAGCAGAAUUCCCGUGACCCUUGCUUGCAGCUCCGGUUAGCAGCCUGCAGCCUGCAGCCUGUGUUUUUUUUUUUUUUUUAAUCCAGCAAGGUGCGGGGACGAGAGAAGUCCGCUGAAGAAGUUUCUAAGCAUCCGAAAGCACUUGAAAGAGAGAUGGUGGACAAGAAUUUAUUUGGAGUUGAUAGCAGUGGAUAUUUAGGCAGUGAUCAAAAGUUGAAGUGAAUUAGAGCUUGGAGUUAUUUUAGUGUCAAGCUGCUCAAUGAAGAGGAUAUUCCCUGCUCUAUGCUGCUUUUGCUCAUCGAGUUUACGGCAACAUUCAAAGAAAAGCCUCUUCUUUUGUCUAAAUGAUAAUCAUUAACCAACAUGAAACUAGUUUUAAGGUAGA